ACGCUAUUAUUUCUCUUUCUUGAAGUUGAAAUAUUUGAAAAUUGAAAAUGAGCGGAAGAGGAAAAACCGGUGGCAAAGCGAGAGCGAAGGCUAAGACUCGCUCCUCCAGGGCAGGGCUGCAGUUCCCCGUCGGCCGUGUUCACAGACUUCUCCGCAAAGGGAACUACGCAGAGCGCGUCGGUGCCGGAGCUCCCGUCUAUCUGGCGGCUGUGCUCGAGUAUCUGACCGCUGAGAUCCUGGAGUUGGCUGGAAACGCCGCGAGAGACAACAAGAAGACCCGCAUCAUUCCCCGUCACCUGCAGCUGGCGGUGCGCAAUGAUGAGGAGCUCAACAAACUCCUGGGUCGAGUGACCAUCGCUCAGGGCGGCGUGCUGCCCAACAUCCAGGCCGUGCUGCUGCCCAAGAAGACCGAGAAACCCGCCAAAGCCAAGUAAACAGAGUCCGCUCUGCUUCUAAACACAAAGGCUCUUUUAAGAGCCACCCACUUCAUCUGACAGAGAGCGAUUUACUUUAUUUCACUACUUCCUUUAUUUCACUACUUCCUUUAUUUCACUACUUCCUUUAUUUCACUACUUCCUUUAUUUCACUACUUCCUUUAUUUCACUACUUCCUUUAUUUCACUAACACACACCAUGUGUGUGCUUACAUAAGAUAAAAAAUGCGCUAACUAAACGUACCUUAACUAUUACUGUUAACUCUUGACUCUUAUUCACUUGGGUAACGAAUCUGUUCAGUAAUUUAAGACCGACAAAAGGAUGUACUCGGAGUAACGGAGUGCAGAAGAAAGUCUACUUUCACCAGCACUUUUUAAUGCCUGCUGAAAACCCAAGAUGGAGCAGAGCAUGUGUUCUGUAAGACUGAAGUACCAUGCUUUCAUGAUAAAUUUGAUGUAUACAUUUAUUCUCUGUUGGAAGGUUCAUAGAAUGCUAUUAUAAUGCUUUUGUCAAAACAUAGGCCUACAGCGGUGCUCUAUCAGUCACCAACGAGAAAGUGUUUAUUUUAUUGUACUGUUUUGUGUUUUGCUGAGAGAUCUUUGUUCUGAAAAUAAAGUUGAAUCAAUAAAUAAAUAAAUGAAUGACGCGUAAAGUAGUAAACCGAAACAAAGCAUUUUGAGCGGGAAACACAAACAGUCCCGUUUGAAAACACAAGCUGCGCGGUCAUUGGC